UUUAGUCUCUCAUCUGAUUUAUCAAUUCACACUCUUGCUCUUCAAAGCUACCAUGACACACACACCACCCGUGUUUUCCGCCGCCCAAGCCCUCCGGUCUGCGUUCCUUCCGCGUAUUCAGACCCACGCGCGACGCCCAGUUACAGGGUCCCUAAACGUAUACAAGUUAAAGAGAUUAAAUCAUUCAGAACGUCAGCCUCUGCAGCAUCGUUUCGGUGCUCGUGCCCAGCAGAUUCCGUGGCCAAAGAUUCCCACAACCCCCUCACUCAAAGCCCCGCGAGACGAGGCCAUUCGGCAUCAGCGAGUACACAUUGUGGAGGAGGAUGGAUCGAUAGGCCCGGCAAUACCGCUCCGACAAGUACUCGGCAGAUUCGAUCGCACAGAGUACUCCCUCGUUGAGUUGAUAUCGCCAUCCGAGAAUUAUGGCUCUAUUUGUAAAAUCAUGACCAAACGGACAUUGCGCGAGCAAGAAUAUGCCAGAAGCCGAACGUCCAAACCCAAGCCCGCGAAGCAAAUUGAGUUGAAUUGGGCAAUUGAUCCCAAUGAUCUUGAAAACCGGCUGAAUCAGAUGGAGUCGUUCAUUGCCAAGGGGAAGAAGGUGGAAUUGAUAUUGACUUCAAAAGCUCGGAAGAGAAAGGCUACAGAACCCGAAGCGCAAAAGACGUUGGCAGCAGUGAAAGAGAAAAUACAGGAAAUUGGAGCUAUUCAGAGCAAGAAAAUGCAGGGACGACUGUUAGGCCAUGUCCAGUUCUUCUUGGAAGGGAAGAAGUAGUGGGUGUAUAACAUCAUCGUGCACCUUGUCGAUUCGUUGAGAUGAAAUGUGGUUAUAUUGAGGCCUUGUUCACUUUUUUCUACAAUAUACCCCUUAG